AUGGCGACGGUGGACGGCGAUGGCAACAUGGUGGACGUCAAACUGUUCAAAAUCAUCGGGCUGUAUCAGAUACUGAGGCCGGCGCCCCAGGACGGCCGAACGGGACGUAAAUACCAGAAAACGUUGAUGGCCGUCAUGUGGCUGAUGUUGAUGACGUACAUCAUACAAAUCUCCGCUCUGUAUUUCGCGAUGAACGACUUCCAGCGACUGGCGCACCAGACGCUGGUGCUUAGCGUCUGCGUUGUAACCUGGAUCAAGGGAUACCUGUUGAUCUGGAACGCGGACCGGAUGUGGCCCGUACUGGAACUCGGCCGGUACGCGUUCACGUCGUCCGGACACCGGGACCCGUCCAAACUGAUCCAAUGCCAUGCCACGCUGUCCACGAUGGUCCGGCUGUUCGCCGCGUUUUACUAUUGGGUGUUAGUCGCCUGGCUGGCGUCACCGUUUUUCAUCCACGAACCAACGAAAAUCAUCCAUCUGGACGGCACGGUCUCCAAACACCGGAUGACCGUGUUGAACCUGUGGAUGCCGCUAUCCGAGGCGGAGUACAACUCGACGAAGUACUGGGCGGUCGUCUACGGAAUCGAGGUGAUGACCUGUACGAUCAACGUGUUCAUCUGGACCAUGUUCGACUGUUACAUUAUGACCGUGUGCUUCGUGCUCGAAGCCCAGUUCCGUACCCUGGAGAUCGCGUAUACCGAGAUCGGCCAUCGCCAGCCCUGGGACGAUUCCACUGUACCGGCGGCGGACGAUUAUGGCCGUUUGAUUUCACACAUCAAAGACAAUCAGAAAAUAGUCAGGUGGGUAAGGAUGGAGACGUGAAUGGGCAGUGCUGUCAUUCAAAAAUACCGUCGCCUUAAUGUUUAAUCGAAUAAAUCAAUGAUCAAAUCUAUUUUCUUUGGUGCUCGUUGUGUAGGAAGUACGAGGAAUUUUUCACCAUCAUACAACCGGUGGUCCUAAUCCAAAUAGCUACGGGUUCGACAUCCGGGAUUCUACUGAUAUUCUUCUCUUCGCUAGUAAAUCGAACAGUUUAUAA